UUGAUGGCAAUCCCCUCUUUCCAUUUGUUUCUGUGCUUCUCUCUGCUAAUGUCUCCAAUCGAAUGAUUUUUCUUCUCCAUCUCCAUCUUCUUCCUCUUCCUCCUAAAACCCUAAAAUAGAAAUGCUCUCCUUGCAGCUCUUCUCCGCAAAUCCUAAGCCCACUCUCCUCGACUCUCCGCUCAACCCCCUUUUGUACCCCAAAUGCCUAAAACCUCCAAAACCCUACUCCAAAUCGAAGCCCGCCCCCAUUUCUUCUGUCCUUCAAUGGAAUAGAAAGCCUGAGCUGGCCGGUGAGACCCCACGCGUCGUCGUUAUAACAUCCGGAAAAGGCGGGGUCGGAAAAACCACAACCACCGCCAAUGUGGGUCUUUCCUUAGCCCGUCUGGGGUUCUCCGUAGUGGCCAUCGACGCCGACGUUGGCCUCCGUAACCUAGACCUCCUGUUAGGCCUGGAGAAUCGCGUGAACUAUACGGUCGUGGAGGUACUCAAUGGCGAUUGCCGACUGGACCAGGCAUUGGUAAGAGAUAAGCGAUGGUCGAACUUCGAAUUGCUUUGCAUUUCCAAGCCCAGAUCGAAGCUCCCCAUUGGAUUCGGUGGGAAAGCGUUGGUUUGGUUAGUGGACGCACUGAAAGCGCGUGAGGAAGGGUCACCGGAUUUCAUACUAAUAGAUUGUCCGGCGGGGAUUGACGCAGGGUUCAUAACGGCAAUAACGCCAGCAAACGAGGCGGUUUUGGUGACGACGCCGGACAUAACGAGUUUAAGGGAUGCUGAUAGAGUGACAGGGCUGUUAGAAUGUGAUGGGAUAAGGGAUAUAAAGAUGAUAGUAAACAGAGUGAGGACAGAUAUGAUAAAGGGAGAAGAUAUGAUGUCGGUUUUGGAUGUGCAAGAAAUGCUGGGGUUGGCAUUGUUGGGGGUAAUUCCUGAGGAUUCCGAGGUUAUCAGAAGCACCAACAGAGGGUACCCACUUGUUCUGAAUAAGCCUCCCACGCUUGCUGGGUUGGCCUUCGAGCAAGCCGCUUGGAGGCUUGUUGAGCAGGAUAGCAUGAAGGCUGUUAUGGUUGAGGAGGAGCCCAAAAAGCGUGGGUUUUUCUCAUUUUUUGGAGGCUAAUAACUGGAGUGAGCUUGUAGUAGCCGGUCUUUGUACAGUCAGUAAAGGUUGGUUGCCUUUGAAUUCUAGCUAUAUCAGUUUUAAGUUUCUUAUGGUAGAUAAAGGGUUUGGUUUUUAGGGAAUUGUUUGCUUGCUUUGAGUUGAGGUUUUACUCAAAAUUGUAUUCUGGGGGCUUGUUUGAAAUUCUUUGUUGGUGUGUGUGGAUUGAGUUGAAACAUUUCAGUGCUCAAUCAAUCUCUUAGAAUCUGGUCAAUGAAUCAAAAUCAUUUCAUUUGAUUGACUGUCA